AGAGAAGAGGAAAUUAUGCUGCCUGGAAACUGGAUGACAACUCUCGUGCUGGUAAUGGCCUGUGCCGGAGGAUGGCUGGUGGGUCUGGCCGCAGCCGAUGGGGACGAAGAGGAGGCGUCCAUGACUUUGGAAGAGGUGGUGGAGCUAAUCGAGCCGUUUGGCGAAAACUGUAAGCCCAAGCCAGAGAAAGAGAACAUUGUGGAGAUGAUCAAGAACAAGCCGGACGCCAAAUACGAGACCAAAUGCUUCCGCCACUGCAUGCUGGAGCAGUUCGAGCUGAUGCCCGAGGGCGAGUUGAAGUACAACGAGGACAAGACGCUCGAGAUGAUGAACAUGAUGUUCCCCGACAAGGAGGAGCACUCACCGCGCAUCAUCAAGGGAUGCAACGAUCAGGCGGGCACAGACAAGUGCGAGGUGGCCCAUGACAUAGCCAUGUGCAUGCUGCGCGAGAUGCGAGUGAGCGGCUACAAGAUACCCGACAUCAAGGAGUAGUCCUCCCUCCACCUCCACCUCCACCUCCCGUUCCCGCUCUUUUUCUGUGUUUUUUUUCCUGUUUUUUUUUUGUUCGUUAACUGUUUAAUUGGAAACCCAGCUUGAUGUGGUCCCUGACUAAAAAAUAAAUCGCCCAGUCAGAGCCAA